GGGGGCGGUCCGUUAUAUAAAAGCUAAUUAUAGCCGCACGGCCGGCCGCUCGGAGACAUGAGACUUGCUUGAGUGGUCUUGGCCCCGCUCCGGGAGUGGGGUGGGGUGGGGCGGUUCCGCAGCCGCGAUGGCCGUGAACCCCAGGCCGAGCUCGGCGAUUACCUGCCUGAUUCUGCUGCUGUUGGAGAGUACAGCAGCCAAAAAGUACUGCUGGUAUGUGGAUGCAGGAUAUCCCACUUAUUUUAUAUGCCGUGCAUAUGAAGAUUGUUGUGGUACAAGAUGCUGCAUGCGAGCAUUCUCUAUUCAACGGUUAUGGUAUUUUUGGUUUCUUUUAAUGAUGGGAGUCCUAUUUUGUUGUGGUGCUGGUUUCUUUAUCCGGAGACGACUGCAUCCUCCUCAAAUGACUGAUGACCCUCCCUUUACAGUGGGUUUCACCAGGCAGCCUGUUAACACAACUGGAUGUCAGACAACAGGAAAUACUCAGAGUGGAAUGCAAUAUUAUACAGAACCUGGAGCACCUGUUGUUAAUCCUAUUGCCUCAACUUUUCAAAUCCAGCCUAAUUUUCCUCUCCUCAACCCAGCCUAUCCACCCCCACCAGCAUACUGCAAUCAGCCACCCCCUCCCUAUGAGCAAGUUGUAAAAACCUCAAAUAAGGAAGCGGAGAGAUAAAUGUUGAAUUUCAGCAGACAUCACACUUGUAGAUGCUGAUUUUAUCUUUUUAUACAGUCUGGAGAGCUGCAAGUCUUCAGUGAUUAUACCCUUGACCUCACAGUACACCUUACGAGUUGCAUUUAGCUCUGUGAUGCUUUUGAUAGGUUAAUAUACUGUAGAGACUUAAGCAUGUAUGAUCAGGAAUUUGUAGAAAAUAAUGUUUUAUUUAAAAACUGAAUUUAAAUUGGGGAGGUGGAAGGAAAUGUGCAUCAGAUUCUGUAGAGGUUGUUUAAAAAGCUAUUUCCCAUGAUGGUUACAAGUAACUUGUCUUCCUUUUAAAUAUUUGACAAUUUUUGGUUGGAUUUAAAUAGAGGAAAAAAUCAUAGUUUAAUUGGACUAGUGUUAAUGAGCAUACUGGUUAGCUAAUCUGAAGACAUUUAAUUUUUAUGAUAAAUGUUGAUAACUGAACAAUGUGCUAUAAAGUCAUUGAAAAGUUUUAAAUGAUUUAUGGAUUACAAUUCUAUUUGUCUUGUUUGCAAUAGCACCUUGAAGGUUUUGAAUACAGUUUUGUUUCGGGGUUUAGAUUUGUCAUGUGAAAUACAGGUUUAGUGGCUAGCUAGGUGUUUACUGUAGAAUAUUCCAUAAAAUGGAUUAUAUUUAAUUGUGAAUGGAGAGUCAUUUAGUGCUUUGUAAAUUUAUUUAGAACAUUUAGGAAAUUACUAAAUGAUAUGAUUGAGAAGAUUUCAGUAAUUUUUCAAUGCUCAUUGUAUUCUUAGUUUCUCAGUGAGGUUAAAUCAGUCUUGUUAAUUUAAAAACCCUUAUGGUUUUUCUACAUAGCACAAUAGUGUUCAGAAAGAUGCAUGACUGCAUUUGGUUCUGCUUUUUUUAAAUGUAUAAACUGUUGAAUUGUAUACUUUAUUAGAUUUUUUUUUGGAGCCAAAUACUUGAGAUGCUCUGUAUUCAUAGUGUUCAGUUCCAUCAGCUACUUGUACUAAAGUAACAGUUUGUAAAAUUCUCAUUCUGAGCACCUAUUUUGUGUGAUCUGUCAAUUAAUGGAAUAGAACUAUUGAUUCAAUGCAAAAGAUCAGUGUAAAAAUAAAUUUAGUUCUGCACUAUGCUAAUAA